CCCUCCCCGGCCUGCCGCCGCCGCCGCCGCCGCCGGAGCCGCCGCGCCGGGAGAGCCGCCGCCGCCGGAGGAUGCGACGCACAACAGUGCUCUAAGAACGGAGCGUCUGGGCUGAAUGGAAUUUAGCAUCAAAAAAGUCCUCUUUCUGUUGAGAAAGUUGUGAAGUGCGUGAAGAUGAAGCAGGCACCAGAGGUCCUUGGCAGCCCAAACGGCAAGGCGCAGGGCUGUGAAGUGAACCGCGAGUGCUCUGUGUUCCUCAGCAAAGCCCAGCUCUCUAGCAGCCUCCAGGAGGGCGUCGUGCAGAAGUUCAACGGCCACGACGCACUUCCCUUUAUUCCAUCCGAGAAGCUGAAGGACCUCACGUCCCGUGUAUUUAAUGGCGAACCUGGUGCUCAUGAUGCCAAAUUGCGCUUUGAGCCCCAGGAAGUAAAGGCGCUCGGGACGCCGCCCAGCACCACCCCGACCAAAAACGGCUCUCCGGAAAUUAAGUUGAAGAUCACCAAAACGUACAUGAAUGGGAAACCUCUCUUUGAAUCUUCAAUUUGUGGGGACGGUGCUGCCGCCGUGUCCCAGUCAGAAGAGAAUGGACAAAAACCAGAAAAUAAGGCCAGAAGGAACAGGAAGAGGAGCAUAAAAUAUGACUCCUUGCUGGAGCAGGGUCUUGUUGAAGCAGCACUGGCAUCCAGGAUCUCGAGUCCUUCGGAUAAGAAGAUUGCCGCUAAGAAAGAGUCUUGUCCGAAUACUGGCAGAGACAAAGACCACCUGCUGAAAUACAGUGUUGGCGACUUGGUGUGGUCCAAAGUGUCCGGUUACCCUUGGUGGCCGUGCAUGGUCUCUGCUGACCCGCUCCUUCACAACUAUACCAAACUUAAAGGUCAGAAAAAGAGUGCACGCCAGUAUCACGUACAAUUCUUUGGUGAUGCCCCAGAAAGAGCUUGGAUAUUUGAGAAGAGCCUUGUAGCUUUUGAAGGAGAAGGACAGUUUGAAAAAUUAUGCCAGGAAAGUGCCAAGCAGGCACCCACGAAAGCUGAGAAAAUUAAGCUGUUGAAACCUAUUUCAGGGAAGUUGAGGGCCCAGUGGGAAAUGGGCAUCGUUCAAGCUGAAGAAGCCGCAAGCAUGUCAGUGGAGGAGCGGAAAGCCAAGUUCACUUUCCUCUACGUAGGGGACCAGCUUCACCUCAACCCUCACGUAGCUAAGGAGGCAGGCAUUUCUGUGGAGCCUCCGCCUCCGGGACAGAUGCUAGAACCCUCAGGAGUCCCUGAAGAAGCUGCCGCUGACCCCACGUCCAUGCGAGAAGAGGGCAUUCCCAUCAAGAGAAGGCGGAGAGUGAAGCUGGCUAGCUCUGCCGAAACCCGAGCAAGUGACCCUGAGACAGUACAGAGUACUCCCCAAAAGAUGGCAGAGGCCGACCCCAAGAGAGGAGUCGGGUCUCCUCCUGGGAGGAAGAAGGCCACGGCUUCUGCUCCACGAAGCAGAAAGGGAGACGCGGCGGCCCAGUUUCUGGUCUUCUGUCAGAAGCACAGGGAUGAGGUGGUGGUGGAGCACCCUGACGCCUCGGCCGAGGAGAUCGAAGAGCUGCUCGCGUCGCAGUGGAACAUGCUGAACGAGAAGCAGAAGGCGCGCUAUCACACCAAGUUCGCCCUGGUGGCCUCUCCCCAGGCUGAAGAAGACUCUGGUAACGUAAAUGGGAAAAAAAGAAACCAGGCAAAGAGGACACAGGACCCUCCUGAAGAUGUUGACAUUGAAGACGCUCCCCGGAAGAGACUCAGGACCGACAAGCAUGGUCUCCGGAAGAGAGAGACGACGAGUGACAAGAUGGCCCGGACAGGCUCUUGCAAGGCCCUGGAGGCUGCCUCCCCGCUGAAGAGCCAGGCAGCAACGAAACAUCUGUCUGAUGCAUGCAAACCACUGAAGAAGCGAAAUCGGGCGUCUGCAGCGGCGUCGUCCACUCCUUUUAGCAAAAGUUCAUCUCCUUCUGCAUCCUUAACUGAGAAUGAGGUGUCGGACGGCCCGGGAGACGAGCCCGCGGAGUCCCCGUACGAGAGCGCCGACGAAGCCCAGACCGAGGUGUCCGUGUCCUCCAAGAAGUCCGAGCGGGGCGUGGCCGCCAAAAAGGAGUACGUGUGUCAGCUGUGCGAGAAGCCGGGCAGCCUCCUGCUGUGCCAGGGCCCCUGCUGUGGAGCCUUCCACCUCGCCUGCCUCGGCCUGUCCCGGAGACCGGAGGGGAGGUUCACCUGCAGCGAGUGCACCUCAGGGAUUCACUCGUGUUUUGUGUGUAAGGAGAGCCAGAUGGACGUCAGGCGCUGUGUUGUGUCGCAGUGUGGGAAGUUUUACCACGAAGCGUGCGUGAGGAAGUACCCGCUGACCGUGUUCGAGAGCCGAGGCUUCCGCUGCCCCCUGCACAGCUGCCUGAGCUGCCACGCGUCCAACCCUUCCAACCCCAGGCCGUCUAAAGGGAAGAUGAUGCGGUGCGUCCGCUGCCCCGUCGCCUACCAUGGAGGGGAUGCCUGUCUGGCGGCCGGCUGCUCGGUGAUCGCCUCCAACAGCAUCAUCUGCAGCGGCCACUUCACCGCGCGCAAGGGGAAGAGGCAUCACGCCCACGUGAACGUGAGCUGGUGCUUCGUGUGCUCCAAAGGGGGAAGCCUGCUGUGCUGCGAGUCCUGCCCGGCGGCCUUCCACCCCGACUGCCUGAGCAUCGAGAUGCCGGACGGCAGCUGGUUCUGCAACGAGUGCCGUGCGGGGAAGCGGCUGCACUUCCAGGACGUCGUCUGGGUUAAACUGGGGAACUACAGAUGGUGGCCGGCAGAAGUUUGCCAUCCCAAAAAUGUUCCCCCAAAUAUUCAGAAAAUGAAGCACGAGAUUGGAGAAUUCCCUGUGUUUUUCUUUGGGUCUAAAGAUUAUUACUGGACGCAUCAGGCGCGAGUGUUCCCGUACAUGGAGGGGGACCGGGGCAGCCGCUACCAGGGGGUCAGAGGAAUCGGAAGAGUCUUCAAAAACGCACUGCAGGAAGCUGAAGCUCGUUUUCGCGAAAUCAAACUUCAACGGGAAGCCAGAGAAACGCAGGAGAGUGAGCGCAAGCCUCCCCCGUACAAGCACAUCAAGGUGAACAAGCCGUACGGGAAAGUCCAGAUCUACACGGCGGACAUCUCUGAGAUCCCCAAGUGCAACUGUAAGCCCACAGACGAGAACCCCUGUGGCUUCGACUCCGAGUGCCUGAACCGGAUGCUGAUGUUCGAGUGCCACCCGCAGGUGUGCCCCGCAGGCGAGCACUGCCAGAACCAGCACUUCACCAAGCGCCAGUACCCCGAGACCAAGGUCGUCAAGACAGCUGGCAAAGGGUGGGGCCUGGUGGCCAAGCGGGACAUCAGGAAGGGAGAGUUCGUGAACGAGUACGUCGGUGAGCUGAUUGAUGAGGAGGAGUGCAUGGCCAGGAUCAAGCACGCUCAUGAGAACGACAUCACGCACUUCUACAUGCUCACCAUAGACAAGGACCGGAUAAUUGAUGCCGGCCCCAAAGGAAACUACUCCCGAUUCAUGAACCACAGCUGCCAGCCCAACUGUGAGACCCUCAAGUGGACAGUGAACGGGGACACUCGCGUGGGCCUGUUUGCCGUGUGCGACAUCCCCGCAGGGACAGAGCUGACCUUUAACUACAACCUCGACUGUUUGGGUAACGAGAAGACAGUCUGUCGGUGUGGGGCCUCCAACUGCAGCGGGUUCCUUGGGGACAGACCAAAGACCUCAACAUCCCUUUCUUCAGAGGAAAAGGGCAAAAAGACCAAGAAAAGAACGAGGCGGCGGAGAACCAGAGGCGAAGGGAAGAAGGAAUCUGAGGACGAGUGUUUCCGCUGUGGGGACGGCGGCCAGCUGGUGCUGUGUGACCGCAAGUCCUGCACCAAGGCCUAUCACCUGUCGUGCCUGGGCCUGGGCAAGCGGCCCUUCGGCAAGUGGGAGUGCCCCUGGCAUCACUGUGACGUGUGCGGCAGGCCUUCCACGUCCUUCUGCCACUUCUGCCCCAAUUCGUUCUGCAAGCAGCACCAGGACGGGGCGGUCCUCGGCUCCACGCGGGACGGGCGGCCGUGCUGCCGCGAGCACGACCUGGGGGCCGCGCCGGCUCGGAGCGCCCAGACUGGGAAGCCCUUUCUGGAACCCAGCAAGUCCAAGGGGAAGAGAAAGAAAAGGAGGUGCUGGCGGAGGGUCACGGAAGGCAAAUAGCGCCAGGCGGCGGCUCGGCCAGAUCCAGGGGUAGAGGGCCACACAGGGUGGGGGCGGGAGGGGGGAACUGGCCCGGAGGACCCAGCUCGAAGCCGCGGAGGCCUCCGGGGAGGGAGCGCCUGUCCACCACUGAGCCAUCCUCAGCAGCACCCGCUGCGUCUGCACUGAUGACCCGUCUGAGCCGUGAGGUUCGGAAGGUUCCAGGACAAACCAGCCUUACUACACAGCAUUACAGCUACACUUGAAUUUCUGAGAAUGUCAAGGUUCCCUCCCAUUCUAUUUUUGUAGGGUAAAGUUAUAAAUGGAAAUUAAUUGGCGUUUGAAAUGUUUUUAUCUCACCUGAAAUGUAGAGAGUAGUAUUUUUCUAAAGGGUCACUCCUACCUUUCACCUUAGCGGCGCUAACCGGGCCUGCUCACCUGUCCGCGUCGCCCAGGCGAGCCCAGGGUGGGGCCCGGGCAGGGACUCAGACCCCAGAUUCCUUGCAAACUAUCGUUUUGAUCAUUAUUUUGCUCUUAUGCAACAGCUGUAUGCCUUGUUUUGUACUAAUGUGAAAUUUUUCCUCAAAAUGCUUCUUUUCCAUCCUAGUGAGGGGCCGGUCCCAGGAGAGGGGGUAGUGGUAGUGGUGUAAGCUGCCCCCGUAGUUUUGUCGGUCGUGGAUUUGGACUGAAUGGCGCCGCCGCACGGGCCCUGCACGCUGGGGUCUCUCGGAGCGGCGGCUCCGGCCCGGGUCUGGCGCGGCUCCUGAACGCACUAGGUUCUUACCAGCACUGGGGGGAAGACUUUGUAUAUUUUUUUCAUUUGGCUUUUCUUGACCAGUUUCUGGCUUUUAUUCUCAAUAUAUUUUUGCUAAACCUGUUUCACAAAUCA